AUGGACACCAUCCGCUUGGCCCAACGGGAGAAGAACCAUGCCGGAACCAGGUACCAAGGAGAAAUCUCCAUCAAAACUGGACAAAGGGAAGGCAAAGGCACAUACUACUACACCAAUCCUUACUUCAUCUACGAAGGUGAAUGGUUAAAUGGAAAGAAGCAUGGACAGGGACGCCUGAGCUUUGGCAGCGAUGGCUUCUAUGAGGGAAGCUUCGCAGAGGGUGAAAUCAGCGGCAAAGGCCGACAGGAGCUGAACGGUUGGAGCUAUGAGGGCGAAUUCCUUCAAGGCCAGAAGCACGGCGAAGGCACCUUGAUUCGCGCGGAUGGCGGCAGCUAUACCGGCGGCUGGGCGGAGGGGAAGUACUCCGGCCACGGCGCGCUGACACUUCCAAGUGGCGAGACGUAUGUGGGCGGCUUCCAAAUGCACAAGUUUCAUGGCCAGGGGUCACACCAAAAUCCCAAGAAGGCCAUGAGUUACGAGGGCGAGUUUCGCGAUGGUUUGCGACAUGGGCAAGGCCAGCUGAAGGAACGGGAUGGCGCGUCCAUCUAUGUGGGCCAGUUUCAGGAAGGCCGCCGCGAUGGACAGGGGAAAUCCAUGGAUCAGGUCAGUGGGAUCUCCUAUGAAGGUUUGUGGUGGGUUGAAGACACCGCCGUGCAGUCGCCGUGUGCGUGGGCCGUGUGCUCUGCCAUGUCAUCCAGCGAUGGCAUCACGGUGGUGACGGUGGCGAUGCAUGGUCGGCAUCUGAUUUGUGUGUGCUGCCGCUCCAAGUCAGAGGAGAAACUUGAGACGUUUCGGAUGCAUCACCGCCUGGUAAAAGUUGCUCUGAGUACGGCCUGUGUGGAGCAUUUCCACGUGGACAGCAAGAGCUCACAGGAGUGGCAAGAUUUGCAGCGCGAUUUGGGGCCAUACCUCAGGCCAAAGGACUACAUCCGCGUGGGGAGAGUGGCAGCGGGAGCUUUCCAGGGUCUGCGUGCCGUGGGCAUCGGUUCCCGUGACAAAGCGCUGCGACGCGCGCUGAACGUGGCCCUGGCGCUGUCGGUGGUGCGGCAGCUACCUUUUGCCCCGGAGGCCCUUCGGCGGCUGCUGCGACUGACUCCCAUCCCAGUCAUGGGAGGUGGCAGUGUGCCGGUCAAAGCGAAACCUGCCGUGCCGCCGCAGGCAUUGGUGGAUACCUUGGAGGUGUCGGCCAAGCGAGAGUCUGCCAAUGUCAAGCCUGCGAGCCGAAAACGGAGCAGGAGCAGCUCGCCGGAGGCCAAAGACGUGGCGUUCCCGGAGCCCGAGUGGCUGCCGCAGUUGGCACAGCUGGUGACAGCGCAGAUCUUGCCGCGCAUCGAACGCCUCGAGCAGAUGGGAAGAGCUUUGCCAGUGCCAGGCAGUGACAACUCGGAUCCCGCAGAGUUUUUUCGUGCCGCUCCAGAGGAGGAGGUGGAUUACACGGGUGACAGCGACGUUGCGCCAGAUGCGCCAGAUGCGCCAGAUGCGGAGGCUGUGUGCCCCGUGGAGGAGCACCUUGAGUCGACAAAGGACGUGAAACUGGACCAGGUGAAGAUGGAACCGAUGGAACCAGUCGAACACGCGAAGCCGCUUCAGGACGCAAGUGGUCUAGAUGCAGAUGGAACCACUGAACUGUUUGUAGAUGAGGUGCGCUACUCGCAGCAGAGCUGUUGUGAUCGGAUGAGAAAUGGGAAGGUUGUCUCGGAAGAGGUUGAGAAGAUUGUGAAGGGUGAUAUUGACCCUUUGAAGGAGGACUGGUUGAAGAUAGAGGUCUUUCAGAUGAAGAGUUUCCAGACUCACCAGAUGACGUACUAUAGCUCCGACAAUCGCAGAUUGCUGAUCCUGAAGAUGGCGCAAGAGAGGCUACCUGGACGCCUGAAAUUGCGGGCCAAGGUGGAGAGGGUGCCUCCGUGCUUCCGGAAAUUCAUGAGUCAUUUCAACACCCGCAACGAUGGCAAGAGCAUCCGGGUGAAGUCUCCGAAGAGCUUCCUGGGCAGCUUCAAACGCAGCCGAGGAAUGGACCGUGAGCAUCCUUCGAAAAGUGCUGUUUUCGCAGGAGCUGGUGUGAAUGACCAACCCGAAAGGCCUGCAGUGGCAUGGGAUUUGUGCCCGGCUGACAGCGAGGAGUCCUACAUGACGGUGGGAGAGUUGUUGAAGGAGGAGGCAUCCAAUCAGCUCCAUGCCGAUCCCAAAGCGAAGGGAAAGAAGGCUCCACCACCGGUGGACACCACUGGGCAGGGUCCAGAGCUGAAGGGCGCCAAGGGCCAGGUUCUCCCCGAAACGAAGGUCCGGCUGGUGGAUGCCGACAAGGUACCGGUAGCAGCAGAAACCGGCCGCUGCUUUCGCGUGACCAUGUACAAGGAGCGAAAGAUGGCGGAGGGUGAAGUUCUUCGGAG